AUGUUUAGUAUCAACUUUACAGGUUCCAGUUUUUAUUUUCCUCUAAAUGCAGAAAGUUCAAGAGAGAAAUGGGAAGAUUUAUUUCCACGGGAAAUAUAUCCAGUACUUGCUUUCGUGGGACCACCUUCAGCAUUUCCUAUUCGUCCUGAAAAUCGAAUAUUUCAUCGUUAUUUAGAAUGGAGUAGUAAUAUUAAUACGUUGAUUGAUAGUUAUAUUCGUCACUCGUUGAUCAAGCCAAUAGUUGGGAUUCAUUUAAGAAAUGGAAGAGAUUUUUUAAAUGCUUGUUCACAUUUGAAGAGUGGCCUAAAUGUCUUGUUUUCAAGUGCACAAUGCCAUGGUGAUUUUAAUGAAUUUCCUCCAAAUAAUUCUUCAAACAAUCUUCUAUGGGGUUCGUUUGAUGAAGGCAAAAGCGUUUAUAUAGCAACUGAUAAUGAUCCUAUGCUACAAUCAAUUCGUCAUUACCUAAUUAACACAACAGAGAUGAUACAACAAGUUGUGUGGUCGACUCAUCGAAGACCUGAAGAAGAUAUGGCAUUAUUGGCAAGAAUUGAUCUAGCUAUCCUCAACUGUGUAUCAACAUAUUCUGCUGCUAUCAAACGUGAACGUGAUAUAAAGAAUUUACCUAGUAUGUUCUUUGGUUUAAAUAUUGAAGAUCAAAGAGGUUUAGAAGUAUUAUGCAUUUCAUCAGAUAAAAGUACCGAUGACUGGUGGUUAAAAUUUUACAGGAAGUAA